AUGAAAUUAACAUACAUUAUUUCCGCUAUUGUAUUUACGAGUAUUAUUAUUCAAAAUGUUCAAGCAAUAGGAUGGGCAAUUGUUCCAGAAAUCGCUUCUCUUGCUGCACCUAUUCUCAAAGCUAUACAUGAUAAUGUGAAACAUAUGGGAAAAUCACACGCAACGUACCUCGAACUUAUCAAUGAUUCAAAUGGCGGAUUACAAAUUGAAGUUUCUGAGGUGGAUAAUUAUGACUGGGAUGGUAAAUCACGUCCAGAUCAUACGUUUAAUCGCGUUGUUAUUCCACGUUAUAAAUCAGUCAAACGUCGACAAGAAAUAAAUGCAAAGAGUCGAAGUGCUAUGAGUACGAUGAAAUUUCGUUUUCGAGGAAAACCAGCUUUUUCAAUCCGUAUUGAUCAAUGGGCAGCAUUGUCGGAUAAAGUACACGAAAAAGAGUUCAAACUUGAAAACGGAUGGAUCGCCCGCAUGAAAGCUGGCAUCAACAAAAAUACUCUUCAAUACAGAUUUCGAAAAGGUUGA